CAUUGAAAGCAUGUCUAGACAAUAGUUGACAUUACUGGCUACAACCCGUUACCGACUAGCGUAGCGAUGGACGAAUAUGAAUGAAGGAAUGACCAUAUACAAAUGGAAAAAUUCCACAUUCAAGAAUCAAAUAAUUUUGGUUGAGCGAGAGCGAUUGUAAGCGGGGACUGAGAAAGAAGAACAGAGCAGAUGUUGAUAAGGGAUCUCCCAGAAGAUGUGGUAAUGGAAAUCCUUUCGAGGCUGCCCGUGGAAUCGCUGAUGCGAUUCAAGUGCGUAAAUAAAGCUUGGUACUUUCUUAUCAGAAACCCUAAUUUCAUCGCCAAACACCUCUUUUGGGCCACUUCUGAGAAACGCCACCGUGGGUUCCUUCUUAACCGCGAACACGAGAUUACCCGAACCCCCUGGGUCUCCCUCCACUCUAACAAAACCUUAGCGGUCUCCAGGUACGUGGAUUUGUUACAGUUCUUCCCUCGGGAUGUUCGGGAACUCGUGGUCUUCGGUCCCUGCAAUGGGAUUCUGUGUCUCUUUGGUGUUCCCGCUGAGCUUAACGACGACGACGACGAAGAUCGUGGACCCAGAGAUGGGCUAGUGUUAUGGAACCCUGCGACGAGGGAAUCAAAGGCGCUACCCAUAAUCCAACGCCCGGCAGAAAUGCCCACUACCUUUUCUUUCUGUUUCGGCUUCGGACUUGAUCCCAAGACUGGCGAUUUGAAGGUAAUUAGGAUUCUGAACUUCAAUUUUCUGCGAUGCCAAGUCGAGGUUUAUAACCUUAGUACUGAUUCUUGGAGAGUGAUCAACACAUCCGUUAACCCAAAUUAUCGUAUCAAUUCUCCUCGUUUUCCUUCCUACUUAAAUGGGGUUCAUUAUUGGUGGGCUUGUGAGCGUGGCGGCUCGGGCCACCGGUUGAUGCUUUCAUUUGAUAUGAGCAAUGAGGUGUUCCAAGAGAUAGCGUUGCCUCCCUUAACCAAAAGACCUUCUUCUGAGGCUAUUGCUGUUAUUAAUGAUUCUGUAGCUUUGAUUUUAGUAUACAAUGAUUUGGCGAGGAGAUUUUAUGAUAUAUGCGUGAUGAAUGAGUCUGGUGAGGAAAAGACUUGGACAUUGAUGUUCACAAUCGGACCCCGUCCACAUUUUAGCAGUCUGAUAGAACUUCGGGACGAUGGUUUUGUUCUUCUAAGAAAUAAAAAUGGAUGGUUGGUGUUAUACGACCCAAGAACACAAGAACAAAGAGAGCUUCCGAUAUAUGGUGAUUCCUUUCAGGUUGUUAGCUACACAGAGACCCUAGUUAUGUUAAAUGGAUCAGGGAGUGUGCUUGAGCAUGAAGAUUAUUCAUAAUAUAGUUGUGGAUUCUUUCUCGGGGCAACUCAACAGGAGUCCAGAGCAUUUUGGUGCGGGCACAUUUUGGAUUCAUUUCAUAUGUGGUAACCUACAAAAUCCACAUUUGGCAUGUUACUUUUGGAUUCAAAGUUUCUGGAAUUUCUGUGAAACCAAAAUUUUCUCG